AUGCCUAAAACUUCACCUGUAUCCAAGGCUAUCGCCGCCACCUUUGCCGUCCUGACCGUUGGCGCCAUUGUCGGCAUUGUCACAAUGGUCAUUUUCUACAAAGUUCAAAUCUCAACGAUGGAUCCGACACCCAGGCCAACAUUCCUACCCACCACCGCAGCACCACCACCUGUAAUACGAUUGCCGACAGAUCUUAUACCUCAUAGAUAUGAUUUGUUCUUCCAGCCUCAUCUCUACACCAAAAUCAUCCAGGAGGUAAACGUCACCAGCCCCAACCAGACCCACCUCUUUACAGGGAACUCUACUGUUCACUUUCAUUGUGUCCAGACGACCAGAACUAUCUACCUACAUAGCUUAGACCUAGACGUUUCUGGACCAGUGGUGAUGGACACAGACCAAAAUAGGAGGAUACAUGUCCUCGGAAUGGAUAACCAUGAAGACACGAGUAACUUCCUCCAGAUCCACUUGAAGGAUCAUCUAGAGGCAGGAGGAAAUUACAGUUUGUUUCUGGAUUUCGAGGGACAAUUAUCAGAGGAACUUGUCGGCAUGUAUGUCAGCACAUAUACUGAAGGUCAACCAGCUCAUGAAGACGAUACAGAUGCAGACAGGUAAGGAAAAUAAUAACAGAUUUUUUUUUUUUAAAUAAUGGAUGGUAUAUUUUCGUUAACACAAGUAGAGUCUUUCCCGUGCUCGGGUCGGGUCAAAAUAUUUUCCUGUUAAUUUUUUAUUCCUGUCGCUCAUCACUGGAAUUAGUUGGCCUUCACCAGUUGUAUGAAAACAAGUAUGGUAAAGAACAUUUCUAUUUUCAAAGUGCUCUGUAGACUGCCUAAUAUGUUUCGCUUAAAGGCUAGAGUUUAGGGUCAUAAGCAAACCAGACUGGAAGAGGAGAUAGCAUUGAAAUCCUCUACCCUCCAUCCAAUAGGUUGCCAAGGCACAAAACCCUUUCAAUUGUAGGCAGCCAUACUCUAAAAGUAACAGUACUUUAAUUAUAGACGUACUCUACAUGAGACCAACAUGGAAUACAACUUCAUGUAGAAGUGAAUAAAACAGAGUAAAUGAGACAUAAAUUAAAGAUGACGUGUAAACAUUAAAUAAUACUGUUACUCUCACACACAUUUAUAAAGGCAUUGUUAAUGCUCACACAAUUAUGAGUUUAUGUUCGUCUCAUUCAUGAAUUAAUAAAGAAAAUACAUAAUAAUAAAUCUGAACAAUUUGGGCCUAACUAUUAACUGAUUGAUUUAUUCACUAUUCAUACCUUGUAUUGCAACCCAAACUCUAUAAUAGUUGGGACACUAUGUGAAACAUUGAAAAAAAAAUGAUGGUUUGCAUUUGCAGAGACAACAAAUCAGAUGUUGAAAAAUAUACUCAUUUUAUAUUUGGUGCCACACAGGACAAAAAACAAUAACUAGCUUGUGAAAAGGGAAAAAAAAAUUCUCAAACGAGCAUCUUUCAACUAAUUUGCAGUAGGCUAUGUAACAUGACUGGUUAUAGAGGGGUCUUUCAACGAGGCCUUGUCUCUCAGAAUGAAGAUGGGAUGAGGUUCAUAAACCACUGUGUCCAUGUAGAUUCUCAUUCAUCCAGGUCAUGGUUUUCUUGAAGACUCCAAAAACAGGCAACUGGACUGUGUAGCUUUGAGAAGACGUUUUGCCUCUUAUCCAAGAAGCUUCUCAACUCUACACAGUCCAGUUGCCUGUUUUUGAAGUUCUGAAGUUCAUAAACCACAUUUUGUCACAUCCAAGUUUCAAAGGUGUAUCUAAUCAACUAAACUGUGUUAAUUACUUUUCUGCUAGCAUAACAGAUGCAUCCAUUAAGUUAGUUUAUCUGUUCUAUGCUAACACCUACGAUAAACUGGCUAACAGAAACCAAUUUGAUUUAUUUUACAUACAAACUUCAUCACACUCACAUGACCAGUCAGCAGAUGUAUUUCUGUUUACAGGGUGUAAAAAUAUAUUCUUGUGUGGCAUUGCUGCUCUAAAAUGACUGGCCUGGUGCGGCAGCCUGAGAAGAUCAAACUUGAAGUUCAUCUGUUGGACUGAGCCUUUUGUGUUGCCUUUGGCAAGGAAAGCAGACACAUACUGGCACAACAAAUCAGCAGUUUUCUGUUUAUUUCUGCGGAAACUUGGAAAUGUCAACUUGGAACAAAUGAAGUUACAGCAUUUAUUCUUUCAGGAUACUGAUAGUGAGUAAAAGAAACAAGUCAUAUCACCAGGGCAAUCAGCCAUUAUACAUAAACUCUUGAUUAUCUAAGCAUUAACUACGUGUUGAUAAAUGCUUUCGAGCAGAGCAGUGUUGUAAAGUGUUACUGUAAACGCUACUGGCAGUAAUCCAUCAACUAAGACUCAUAGUCAUUUUCUAAUUGACUUUUAUUUCCUGUAAUUUUUGGAAAAUAAUGGAUUCCCCUUGCUGCUCACCAGGUUAAAAAAAGUCUUAAAAAGUCAAAUUGUGCUGGUUGAAAAAGGGUAAAAGAUAAAAAGGGGUUUUACAUUUCCUGUAUGCAGUCUGAGGGUUAAACUGACCUUUAUCCUUAACCUGACCCUUAAUCCAGAUGACAGACAGAGUUGUUGUAGUUUUACAAGAUGAUUCAAUAAUUUUACAGAAGACGAAAAACAGAAAACUUAUGGCCUGACCCAAUUCUUGCCUUGCUAUUAUACCACAAUAAAAUACAAAGACGAAAACGAACAUCUGUGCAGAUUGUAGAAUCAUUCUGAUUCGGUUUCUUCUUCUUCAAAGAAGUUGUUAUUGUUGUUUUCUCGACAUUACAAAGAUUGCAUUCUCAUGAGAAUGAAUGAUAAAUAAUGUGUUCACCAUUGUUACUGUUGUUGUCCGAUUCGCACAUGGCAGUUAAAUGUUCCCACAUUGAAAGUGUAAAGUGCAUGAGUGGAGUGUGACGUAAACAUUUUCAAAGCCAUCCUAAGGAGAUAAUUUGUUUGAUACCCUAGUCAAAAAAAGGAGACGAAAAGUCAUCCUUUUAAUAAGCCAACACUGAAUUGGAGGGAGUUCAAACCAGAAAAUGAAACAUGUCUUAGUGGGCUUUAAUCACAGAGUCGGAUUUUCUUGGGAAGAUGAUCGUUCAUAAAUCUGCUCGGUGAGUUUAACGGUUUAGAUCAGGGGUGGGCAAUCACCCGGUGGAGUUUUGGGUUGGAAAGAAAACCUGCAGCCUCUCAGCCCUCCAUGGCACAUGAUUGCCCACCCCUGGUUUAAGAUUACAAAGAGGAAAUGAUCUAGUGGUACUUACAGUCAAACUUUACUGGUUUUUCAGCUAAUCCUGAUGUUUUUGGUUCAUGAUUAGGUUAUUCUGUUAUUCAGAAUCUGUGCUGUCCCAGAAAGACCAGAAAGGUAACAAGAUAUCCCUCCAGUCACCACAGGCCCUGUGUUUUUGAAUAUGAAUGUGUUUGAGUUCAAUGAGGACAGGAGCAGCCCUUGUCAAUAAGAUGUUUUUCAUAAUCCACGACAGGCUUUAUAAAGCUUUAUAAAGUUUUGAAUGAGGUCAAUGUUUUUGAGCUUUUAUGUAUCCAGUGACCUGAUAUUGACUGCUAUUAUGGGUAUAAUUGUCUCUUUCACAGGUUUCUUGUAGCCACCCAUUUGCAACCAGGAUAUGCCAGAAGAGUGUUCCCUUGUUUCGAUGAGCCAGAAAUGAAGGCAGAGUUUUAUGUGACCAUCAUUCACAGAAUAGAUACAACAGCUCUUGGGAAUUCAGAAAGAGCAGGUGAGAUGACAACCCCUGCCCUAAAAUGCACCAAUAAAGAAGUCAGAGUAAGAAAAAAAUGUUUGCAUGGUAUCCUUCGUUAAAUGACGCUUCCUUUUUUCAACUCUCCUAGAAUCCAAUAUUAUAGAUGAGGAUUGGAAAUACACUAGAUUUCAUCCAACACCGACGAUGUCUACAUACUUGUUGGCCUUCACGGUUUCUGAAUUCACACCAGUCGUCUCUACAAAUGGGCGUGUAUCAAUCAGAGUAUGUGUGCUCCUGUAGAUUCAGGUUAAAUUUUGUGCAUUUGUGUUUUGCUACUGACAAUGUCUGAAUUUUGAAGUGUUUCCCCCUUCAUGCUGCAUUAAUAUCUUCUGUGUCUAACAUCACCUGUGUGUUGAAAUCAUUAGACAUAUGCUCGUCCAGAAGCCACUGCAAAGGGACAUGCUAAAUAUGCAGCUAACAUCACCAGCACGGUCCUCACCUUCUACGAGAAGAAAUUUGAAAUAAAUUACCCACAAAGAACUCUGGGUAAGACCACAUCUACACAGAGUACAGAUUUUCUGACAAGAAUGGGGUAUUUUGGGGACACCACUGUCAUUGAUUUAAUGCAAGUGUUCUUUUGGAUAUGAGAGUACACAUUAAAUGUAACACAGACAUUUAUUUAUUUUUUAGCUCCUCCUUUGAGCUGCAUGUUGCAAGUGUAUUUAAGGAUGGACCUUCUGUCAAAACUUACAGGGGACCUGCCAUCAAAAUUUCAUACCCAUUUUAAUCAUUUUUUCAUAAUCCUUGAUGUUUAGCUGUUUUAGCUGAAAAGUUAUUUGAUGGUUUGUUUUAGUAUGCCUAAAUAACCUUACAGGAAACUAACUGACUUUGGCUCAUUAACAUUUAUGGUAAUUGGCUUUGCUCUGAUUGGAUCGCUGCUGUGCUCUGAUUGGCUGUGUGAUCACAGACAACAUCUCUGUGCUAUUUAGUAGCAGCGCAUGCCCCUUGUAAUAACCCCCGUAAGAACUGUUGUUCAGGACUGCUUACCUGUGCUUCCUACCUAUUCGGCUACUGUAAUAACCGGUGUUCGAGCCCACACGCAACAUUUUUGUUCUGAUUCAUGAAACGCUUAAAUCGGGGACAUUUUCGGGGACAGCUUUUGCCGGGGACAGGUCAUCCAAUACGGGGUCUGUCCCCGGAAAUUUGGGACAUCUGUUCACGUUAUGCUAAAGGCUAAAAAUGGCAGGAAACCCUAUAUUUUUGACCCCGAGACGUGAAUAAAAAUGAGCAAGGUCAGCUUGACGUCAGAAGGACCGGCUUUUUCGAUUGGCCUGGUUUACCCAUUUCUUUAUUUUAAACCUUUAAAGAAUGCAAACGACGUAACGGUUUGUUUUCACAUUUACAACAUAAAAUGAACAUAAUAUGGACCUAAUCUGACACACAAACAUGCAAAAAAUACAUUUUUACAUUUUUGAUGGCAGGUCCCCUUUAAUUUCUUCUUUGUAAUUCAGUGUUUCAUUGACUGUCCAUACCUGUUCACUUAAGUCUAACCAACAGAGGACUCCCAGAGCAGCUCUGUACCUCAGACACACACACACACACUUAUUUAUUUACUUAUUUCUAUCAUAACAAAUUUGGUAAAUCUAUGCAAUUUGAUUUGUCCAUGUCAUUGUGAUUCCUCCAGACCAAAUCGCAUUGCCAGACAUGGGCCCAGCAGCAAUGGAAAACUGGGGUCUGAUCACAUAUGAGCAGGGCGCCUUGCUCUUUGAAGAUGGCGUUUCCUCAGCGCUGCACAAGGAAUGGAUCGUCACCAUUAUUGCACAUGAGCUGGCGCACCAGGUUUGACGACAAAGAGCUUCUACUCUCAAAGAGAUAAUAUGUAGAUAACACCACCCUAUAACUGAGUCCUACAGGCAAACUCACAAAAGGACAAUAUCAGUGACAGAAAAAAAGAUCUGCUUAACCCACCUGCUGCCCUCUCUGAUUACAGUGGUUUGGAAAUCUGGUGACAAUGAAGUGGUGGAACGAUGUUUGGCUCAAUGAGGGCUUUGCCAGCUACAUGACGUACUAUUCAGUGGACCAUGCUGAGCCUUCAUUUAAAAUGGUAAGUUUUGUCACAGCAUUAAUGGCGAUGGCAGAUAUAUUUGGCCUAUCGAGGAAUGAAGACAAGAAAAGGGACCCUACCUCAGUGACCCUGCUUUGAUGAAGGGAAAGAUUGAUUUGAGUGUUGGCAGGUAUGGUCGUGUCCUGUUCAGUACCGUCCUCUGCCAUUGUUGUUGCAGAGGAAGUCCCACUCUGUCUCGAUUCUGAUGGUGGUCAAGAAAUGGCAUUAAUGAGCAUGGUGGUCAAAAAGAACUGUUUUCAACUGCGAACGCAAUUGCUGGGCUGCAUUUGGUUUGAACAAAAUAUGGGCACCGGGAACACGGCUGUAAAAGCAAAGAUGAACCCGCCGAGGUGUAAUAAUGGAAAUUCUCCUUCUUGUUGGACAGUGACUAGAUAAAAGUAUUUUCAUAUGAAGUCAGUUUAAAAAUGACUAAAUUGAUGACUUUGUCAGCUAGCAAGAGGUGGUUACUUUUAUGAAUGACAGACCACAAAAUGAGAUACUUGACCGAUCAAGUAUUUUACAAAGGUAUGCACUCUUCAAAGUCCCACGCCAAUGUUUUUUUGUUUUUGUUUUUACUACUUAAAGUGUUUUCAGUGGUCUUUAAGUUGUGAUUAUAAAGUUUUUAACCAAAAAUAGCGUUACCUGUGUCAUUUUCAAGGACUUUCCUUCUGCAGAGCUCCAGUAGCUCAUUAGCACUUCGCCUCUGAGUCGUGGGCGGAGACAGCGAUGCUCUUCACACUCCUCUUCACGCUAGCUUGCAGCCUAACAUUUCCAGUGUGGUAGAAGUAGCAGGUAACAUAGGAGCUAUUCAACUCUCAAAUAAUAAAGUCUUUAGGGACACAUUAAAAGGAAAUAUUAUAAUUAGCUGUCUUAGGAGCUUUGCAAUGCACACAAUUGCUCCGCGCUCGUCCUCUGUAUUUCUCCUCUAUAUGCAGAGUGUGGCCUGUAUAGCGGAGCUUGGAUUGGUUAAAUAUGAUAUGUCACUGUUUCUGAACCUGCCAUUUGGGUCUGCCAGAGAUUCACAGAGACUUGAAUGAAGAAAUACUCAGAAAAGAAAUUUCGCAUUUAGUUUUCUCAUGACACGUCCUGUAGCAUCAGAAAAAUGUCAUAUGAACAAAUAAAAAACAAGAAAAAUAUGAUUUUUAUCAGAGUGGGUCUUUAAGUUUGUCAUUUCGAUCAACUUUUCCUAAACUAUUCUACUUCACAUUUUUCUUUGAUUUCCACAGAUGGAUGCAACUGUCCUGAGUGAUCUCCAUGUAGCAUUCGAGUCAGACGCUUUGACAACAUCUCAUCCUCUCAGUCCUCCACAGGAAGAGGUCCAGCAAAUGGAUCAGAUAGAACAGAUGUUUGACUCUCUAACCUACACUAAGGUAAAGUAACAUCCAUUAAGUCUACAGCCUUGAACCAAAAACACAACCUCCGCUAUAGAUGUAUAAGAGCUGCACCCUUACCAGUGCGUAAUGAGUGUUGAUGGUCUUCACUCUGCAGGGUCCAUUUGUGCUGAGAAUGCUUGCAGACAUUGUGAAUGAAAGAGCCUUCAACAAAGCCAUAAAUGUAAGUACCCCUUUGUCAGAUUAAUCCAUAUUGUGCUUUAGGUAACCAAUCCUGCACAAAGACCCUGAAUAUCCUACAUUUAUGGGUGUAAAAAUGAGAAAAUCUUUGUUUCCACUCACAUGAACUCCAUUUUAAGCAUCUCUUGUCCAUAUUGGAGACUUCUCAUAGCAUCAUUAAGAAUUAAUCAUAACUCAUCAAGAACAUUUAUGAUCAUUACUUAAUGGAAACACAAUCAGAGCUCUUGUGUAUCUUGUAUAUUCACAGCAGAUAUGGUAGUUCUUUUGCCUUAGCAGCAAGUGGCUGCUGGAGGAGAGUAGGUGAGUUGUGUUGAGUCUCUUUGUUAAAGAAAUCAGGCAAAGCUAAAAAGAUGUUUGGUGGCUAGUACUAUGGCUGGGACCCUAUAUGUCCUUUUGAUGAAGUUAGGCGCUGUUCUGAGCAUUAUUGGUGGCUAUAGAGUGGCGUUUUGGUUCAGGUUUGCACGUGGAAAUGUAGACCACUUUGCAUUGGUAUUGUGCAGUCGUUACUAAAGUUGUUAAAAUGCGAGAAGAAAGCUGUCGGCAAUAUUCAUCUCUUGAGGGGGGGUCUAAACUCAGUGUUACAGUGUGUUUGGCCAUAACUUAAAUUUUCACCGGAGUAUCCCUUUAAUUGCAAAUUUUGGUUAAACUGCUUGAUUUUUUUGUUUUGUUUUUAUCUUAUAAGUAUGUGUUUUUAAAGCCCUCUCUCCUACAGGAUUUCAUGAAGUACUUGUAGAUACUUUAAUAUAAACGUAUUAAAAAUAUAUACUUUUACUGUCAAAAGAUGAUGAUGCUUGAAAGUGCUUUAUGAUAUGGCUAUCUGUGUUAGAUGGUGGUCCCUGUGGAAAGGGACCUCUUCCUAUAUAGAUUAAAGAAACAAAAACUCAAUCCAAGCUAACAAAAACAUAUAUUUUUUUUGUAUAUUCAGGUGGUUUAAUAUCAAAAUUAAGAUACUUGUGAACAUUUUACUCUGAGUCUAUUCUGCUAAAUGCCACUAAAUAUUGCAUGGAGACCCUUUAAUAGUGCUGACCUUUGAGACUUGUGAAUGUCUGUAGUCAUGCUGUUAGAUUGUGUUGUGGUGGGUGUUUACUUCAUCUUUACCUCCUUAUUUCAGUGAGGUGCACCUCAUCCUCCAAGCACACAUAUUUAACUCGAGCUGGUAAUCUAAUACAACUGUUUCCUUAUGAAGUCACAAAUUUACUUAAACAUUAGUGAACAAAGUUUCAAUCGCACAUCCAAAUCUGAUGUGUUGACAAUCACAAUCAUUUGUGCUUUGAAGCCUCACGGUCUAACAUUUGGACAACUGGGCAAUAACUUAAUGAAUUAACUGGACAAUUGGAAAAGACAAUGAGAAACCAGUUCAUGGUCCAUACAUUUUAAAUGCCUGUAUUUUAAAUACCUCAAGCCAAAUAAAUGAGAGGGUCACAUUCCCCUCUAUGGUACGGAGUAGAGAGAUUAUGAAACAAUGAGAGUAUUUUAGGGAACAGGCAGGUGCAUGAUUGAGAAACACUCCCCCUGUAGACUUACAUCAUCGGACCUGUCAGUGUUUUUCAAGUGCAUGAACCCAGAAAGUUAAUGGAGAGCUGUCCAAAGCCAAAUAUUUGUUUCAACACGUCUUCUGGAUCUGCAGCUGGUCGCUGAGUUUUUAUUUGUUCAUCUCUCUUUAAUUUCCAGGGAGAAACUUAUUCAGAGAAAAAAAGUUGCAUUAAAAGGAAGUGAAGCAGCACCAAUAACCUCAGCUGUUCUUUCUAUUUUGUGUUUUAGAAGUACCUGUCUGACUUCAGCUAUAAAAACACUGACCAGGAUGACCUUUGGGAUUAUAUGCAAAAGGUAAGUCUUUUGAUUGCAAUCAAACGCAUGACAAAGCAUGUUAAUUACCAUUCUUCAGUUGACAGUUUUAAUGUCAUAAAGUGUUAAUGAUUGGCGAUUCUUUUGCCAUGUUUGAAGGCUGUAGAUGAGGAUGGCGGUCAUACUAACGUUGCCAAGGUGAUGGACACUUGGACGAAACAAAAUGGCUAUCCUGUCAUCACUAUCAACACUACCACUGGAGAAAUCUACCAGAGGCACUUCCUAUUCAACGACACCUCUGAAUCAAGGUAUGUGUGAAAUGGAAAUAUUUGUUUGGGCAAAAAUCCAGACAAUCAUGACGAUGAUCAGUAUUAAUCAAACAGUCUAUGUUAGAGUGAUGGACCGUGUGGAGAAACAUGUUCUGUGCACCACAGUUAAAAAACUCCUCUUUACUAUUUCUUUACUGUUCUAGAUUCAUGUCAAUGUUCUGUGUAAAUUAAAACCUCAAUCAAAGUGAAAUUAAAUCAAUAAAGUUUGUACACUGCUGCCUGCCAACUAGGAUGGAGGUGUAUUAAUGCAUAUUGACAAUCUUGUCUAAGUAUGGUCAGAUCCGGCUUCUGGAUGGAUGUGGCAAAAAUAUGACACUUGAGGCUUUAAACUGUAGUUCACAUGGAAGACUGUUUGACAAUGCUUUAUAUAGAUCACAGUGUAACAUUUUUGAUGUUAAACUGCAGUGACACAUUCAAUUCAAUUCAAUUCAAUUCAAUUCAGCUUUAUUUAUAUGGCACUUUUCGUACAUAAGGAAAUGCAAUUCAAAGUGCCUCACAGAGGCUAAAAACAACAAUAAAGCCAAAAACCCAACCCUUCCACCCACCCACACACCCAUGGACCCACACGCACACAGAGACACACACACACCCACCCUCACCCACCCACAUGUACGCAUACACACAACCACACACAGUGUGAGAAUUUAAGAUAAAAUUUAAAGAGACAUGGCCUGACACCGAGACAUUACAUGAGAGACGAGCUACCUUUAGGAAACACUGGAGAUAAAAAUGGUGAAAAGAGUAAAAACCUGAUGGACUAAAAUAAGAAAAUAAUAAUAUUAAAUGAACAAAUAAAUAAAAGGGGUAAAAGAAGUAAAAACCUGUGACAGGAAAUUAAUAAAAAGGCUAAGAACAGAGAUAAUGAAUAGAAUGACAUAAAAUCAACAUUAAGAACUUUGAUUAAAAUGAACAUUUGCAAUAAGAGAAAUCUAAAAUGGCAGUUAGUAAAAAGCCUGGUUAAAAAAGUGAGUCUUGAGCCUCUUCUUAAAAAUAUCUACAGUCUCUGCGGCCCUGAGGUUCUCCGGCAGGCUGUUCCACAACCGGGGACCAUAAAAACUGAACGCCGCCUCCCCGUGUGUUUUUGUUUUGACUUUGGGUUAAAAGGUUAAAAGGCCUGUGCCGGAGGACCUCAGAGUCUGCGAGGGUUGAUAUGAUAAAAGUAAAUCAGAUAAAUAGGAGGGGCCGAGACCAUGAAUAAGAAGUGCUGUUAUUUAAGCUCCUGUUUCUGCUUGUGUCCCCCAUGAGGACUGAGUAACAAACCUUGCCACCUACCUCCUCACAGAAGUUACAGCAAAAAAACAGUUAGGCUUUUUUCUGCUGAUGGUCCUCUUACUUUUUCAGGUCACUUUUACUUCCAGUCGGUUUUGUGUCAAGUAAAAGAACGCCUCAUAGGAGCUUUAAUCAACCUAAUGUACCUCACAUACUCCAACUCCUCUGAGAAUACUCUGAACCAAAUAAUCAGGAAUCCAGUUUCUUAUGUCUGUUUAAGUUGGUGCGUCAGUGCAGUCUUAUUAAUGGAGUACUUCUCUGCCAAGCCUGCAUGAUGUAAGUGCAGCUUAUCACAGUGGAAUAAACAGUGUACAACUGGAUAUCUGGAGUAUUUUGAAACAACUUUAAGUUACUAUGCCGUCGCUAACACUGCCAUGGUGAAAUUCACAACAUUUUCACUUCUCUUUGUGUUGAGUUGCUUGGCCAUUAUCCAGACUAUGACAGCUAUGAACUCUAAUAUGACUGUAUUGCAGUAAUUUGCUUGUAUCGUGCUCCCUUUGCAGACCCCCGUGUUUUUUCCGAAGUCAGUAAAAGCUUUUUUAUUUUUGACUUUUUUAUUUCUCACUGAAGCUGAAUAAAUCCUUUUCCUCUCUGUUUGUUUAGUCAGUGGUGGCACAUCCCAAUCAGAGUGAUGUCAAACGGAUCUCAGUCUGAUUUUGUGUGGUUGGACACCAGUGACACAGGUAACACAGCCCUGAAAAAACACAACAGGACAGACCCUUUUUUUUACCCUCUCUAUUUAAGAAUCAGAGAGGACUAGUUAGAGCAAUUGUUUUUGCACAUCCUAUGGCAGCUAUGUUGUGGUCCUGAUUAUCUUGAACACACUGCAGUUUUAAGUUUAAGAUAAGACAAAGACCACAUGACCUGACACUAAAGGUCCCAUUUGCCCAGACUACUUUCUACGUAUUUCUGCACACUGAUGUUCUUCCUGGUUUUAAUUCUCACUCACCUUUUACCAACAUGUUUGCCUUUUAAACAGUAAAGAAAGAGGAAUUUGUUUCCAAGAAAGGAGAAUGGAUACUGGCCAAUGUGAACUGUUUUGGAUACUACAGAGUCAACUACAACCCAGAGAACUGGGAACGCCUCUUUACGCAACUGGAGAAAGACCCACAGGUGAGUGCUGACCCACAUACUAUAAUUACUUAAUAGGUAACAGAACUAAGCAGAAACAAAUUUCCAUCUUAAUGUUGUAAACCAGCUUUUUGUCAGCAAUGAAAUACUUACAAGUUUCUCCCUGAAGGCUUGAUCCUAAAAGUUGUGAGCACAUUGGAUGAAUGGUGAUUACUUUAUUUGGACUUGUGUUGCUAUGGCUAUGUAACAGCUGGACCACACCAGCACUCCAUUUGUUGUGUUAUUUAACCGGGUAGACAGGUCCACUGUUAGUUUUUGGAUGAUUUGAGGAUAUUGCUCUUAGCUUUUCUGACCCUGUCCGUGGUUUACGAGUUAUCUUUUCUUGGACAAUUGCUGACCAGGAGCUGCAGUUUUGGAGACCCUGUGACUCAGUCAUCUAACUGUCACACGUCCGUCUCUCCCUCCUUAUCAAAGCCCGUCACAUUCUUAGAUACGCCCCUUUUUUUUGUCCCACCCACUGCAGGGUGACAUUGCAAGAAAUAAUCCAUGCCUUUCACUUUACUUGUUAUGGCUUAUCAAUGUACUUAUCUCUGUACCCUCAGGCCAUUAAACUUGGACUAGUAUGGACAGCUUCUUGAGGGCACUUGAUUACUGGAACUCAUUUCAAACACAAGUAGAUAUUACUGCAGAGAGAUUGCUGAGACUAGAGGAGGGGAUUCAUAUAUAAAAAUUAGAUAAAUUUAGUCUGACUGUCAUCAAACCACCGUCUUGUUCUUGUUUUUUUAGAGGAUCCCACUGAUGAACCGAGGGCAGCUCAUCGAUGACGCAUUUAAUUUGGCAAGGUAAUGCCUUGAGCUCUGCUGAUCAACACUUCCUCCUUACCCCAGUGGAGUGUAAUCUGACUUUUCAAACGCCUUCAACGCUCCACCCCUCAGUGCGGUGGGCGGUACCCUGACUGGCGGCGCUCACCAUGGGCAGCGGCUGCGGGCUUCCCACCAUCACUGAUGACCCAUUCCACUACCCCCCCCCCCCCCCCCCCAACAACUAUAGCAUGUCUCUGAGACUGACAUGACUCUGAGAGCAGUCUCUUUUUUUACCUCCUCCUCUCCCUCCCUCUUGUGUCUUCUUUCCCCAUCUGUAAAUGCAAUCUCGUUGUGCACAAGUGCAAUGACAAUAAAGCAUCUCCAUCUCCUCCUCCAAAGAAAAUGUGAGCUUGUGAGACUAAUCUUACCAAAUAAAAUUUCUGUUUUCUCAGAGCUAAACUUGUUAACGUGACUUUGGCUUUGAACUCAACCCGCUUCCUUUUUCAUGAGACGGAUUACCUUCCCUGGGAAUCAGCAGUCAGAAACCUUCAGUAUUUUGUCCUGAUGUUUGACCGCACAGAGGUUUAUGGACCAAUGCAGGUUUGUAUCAUAGAAGAUAAUCUCAAGAUUCAUCAUAAGGAAGUUUAGCACACUAUGUUUUAUAAUCCAGAUUUAACUGACUCAUUGUGAAUCAGUACCUGCACAGAUAUGCAGUAGAAAUUUUAUAUUGCUCUGCUUUCGUUUUUGUUUUUCCUGCAGGCGUACCUCAGGGAAAAGGUAGGAGGCCUGUAUAACCACUUCCAGAACUUGACAGACCUUUCAGAAGUCCCAGAAGUCCACUCUGAACAGUAAGAAAAGAGUCAUUUUAAUAAUAUAAUAAAUAUGAAGUUAUGUUUCAGUUUCACUAACUCACAGCUUGGUCAAAAAGGGUCAGAACAGGGGAAACAUUCACUUUAUUGACUUCCACACCAUCGCUUAUUGAUCUGUGAGUGAAAGGUGUGCUGAACAUGUUUGUGUCCUCAUGCUGCUCGUGUUGCUUUGUGAUGUUGACUGUGAGAUGAAAGCGUUACCUUUACAUUUAAAGUUGCAGAAAGCUUUUUUUAUUUGUCCCUGACUGUAAAUCCAGGACUUGUAAUACAUGUUCUGAAUGUUUUUUCGAUUUUGUAACUCUCAACAACAGCUAGCUUGUGAUCUUUUCAUGGUCGAGUUUCCUUUUGUUCUUAUAAAACAUGUUUUGUUCCUGAAAUUCUCUCAUGGAGAAGAUUAAAAAUUGUCUCUUUUUUUAUCUGUGAUUUUUACACCAUGUUGGGCUGUAAUCAGUCUUGAUGUUUGUUAAGCAGUGUGCAACAAUGCACAAUUUGGUGCAGGGACAAAGUACUUGGACUACACCCCCUAAUCAACCAUGUCCAUAAUAUUUCUAAAAUAUAUACUGUAUGUUUAAUUCCAAGGCACAACCAGAUAACGGCCAUAAAUGUAGCCUGUUCCAAUGGACUCCCAGAAUGUGUUGCCAUGGCCACAAAGAUGUAUGCCAACUGGAUGGAGAGUAACAGCACCAACAUGUAAGGACACCUGUAUAUAUUAUUGUUCAGUUCUCAAACCCUCUAAAACUCUCCUUAACUUAAAAAAAAAUUUCUUUCAGUUUUUCUCUCUCUGUAAUAGCUUACCUUAUAAUCUGUAGCCUAUCUUCCCAGCACUGAUUUCAUAAAGGUAGGUGAAACUGUACCUCUUUUUUUGUGGUUGGUGCUGACUGUUGUUGUUGAUCAUUGUGGCUCUAUGCCUUCAAAGCUACUCCUGAUUGUUCUGGGUUUUUUACCUCCGCCAAGGAGGUUAUGUAAUCGGUAGCGUUGGUUUGUUUGUCUGUUAGCAACUUUACGGAGAAAGGUACAGACGGAUUGACCUGAAAUUGGAUACUGUGAUCCAGAACACACAAAAAUAAGGGUGUUGUUGGAAUUUUCACUGCUGAAAGAUAAGUAAUGGGUGGCACAGUGGUAUAGACAGGAGACACAGUGGUGUAGUGGUUAGCACUGUCACCUCACAACCUGAAGGUCCUGGGUUCGAAACUCAGGGCAUUUCUUGUUUAAGGGGGGACAUGAGCUGCUUGGCGGAGGUCUGCGCUCUCCGAGUGCUUUUCUAGUUUGUUAUGCUGUCCUUCAGUUUGCACACUGCAUGACUUUAUCACUUCAACCCAUGCAUGUGUAUAAAAGCAUGUACGUGUGAGUGUGCAUUUUGACAUACCCAUGUGUGUAGAUAUACAGUAUGUGGGUAAUUGUAGGAUUCACACAGUUGGAUGAGUUGUUUGCUGCACAGAUUCCAAACCCUGACAAAGCGUCAUGACAAGUUGUGGUUUGCACCAUAUUCAUAAAAACUAAGUUUGUAUGUAUGCUGUAUUCAUCAAGAUUUGGCCCAAUGGAGUUGAGGUCAAAAUAAGAGCAUAACAUAUAUGAUUGAUAUAAGAGCUGAAAACCAUGACCAGUAAGGUAGACAUGAACCCCAUUGUUCUUGAUGGACUAAACAAGUAAACUCAAACCAAGCUGAAGAGAUGUUCAGAACAUUGUUACACCAACACCUCAAACAACAAGAAAAAGAUAGUGUGGAUAUAUUGUUAGAAGAUUAACUGAGUGUUUUUUUUUAUAUGUGAUUCAGGAUCCACCCCAACCUGCGUUCAAAAAUCUACUGCCAUGCUAUGGCUGCUGGUGGGAAGGAGGAGUGGGAGUUUGCCUGGAACAAGUUUCAAACAACCAGUGACACUUCAGAGAAGGACCAGCUCCGAAAAGCUCUGGCCUGCACUAAGAAAAUCUGGCUGCUGAACAGGUGAAGCAAAGAAGCAGAUCUGGUUGGGUGUCCUGAUGUUUGAACUUCUCUCAAGUCGACUCUUCUUGUGAUAAUGUAAAUUCAGAGUGCAGUGCUCUAGAGUAAAGAGCUGGUCUUUGCCUCUCUUAUCUUGCAGAUACCUGGAGUACACUUUGGACCCUGAGAAAAUCCGUCUCAUGGAUGUUGCUCCCACUAUCCUUUACAUUGCUGAGAACGUGGCAGGGCAGGCACUGGCAUGGAACUUUAUCAGGGCACACUGGGAUUACGUCAGUAAAGCGUAAGUUUCAGUAUGGACUGCCUAUCAUUAUGUGUUUUAUAGCUGACUACUUGUUUUCUGAGUCAUGGAUGUCAAAAUGGAAGACUUGAUUGAACCCUGUGAUACUUCCUGUAAUUUUAUCAAAAACUCACUGCCAUUUUCAGUGAAUCAUUGUCACAUCAUUAUGAUGUACGUGCACCGCAGGUGUAGACUCUAAAAGUAAUCUGUGUGUGCCCACAAAAUUAAGGGGCACCUAGACGAACACACCUUGAGGAUCAGGUUACCUGUGAUAGUAUGUUUAAACUCAGCAGUCAUGUGACACAGGCAACGCCUGCACAGUGUUCAGUGUCUCCAUGUGUUUAAAUAAGGGGCUGAGUGAGAGGGAUUUCAGAUAGAAGUCAAGAGAUUAUUGUAGAUUAAUCCCAGACAGCAAGGAAGUGGGGAUAGCAUGACAUCUUCAGGUCAUAAAAAUGAGAUCACACAUCCUGCAAUGUGUUAUUUUGCAUGUACUCAUACUGCAACUGCAAUAUUUAAACAAUAUACUGGGCAGCCCUAGAGGACAGUUACAUGUGGUUAUAAAAACAAACAUACUUGCCAGGUUAAAGGUAAAGUUCUCACUGAAUUCAAGUGACCUGAUCUCUGAUUCAAACAGACGUCUAAAUUUGGUUUUCUCAGGUUUCAGUCUCAGUACAUUUGCCUGAUGAAAUGACAAAACAGUAGCUGAAAAUCAAUUCUUUAUGGAAGAAGAUAUGGGUGUGUUGUCUUUCCUGGUGACAGUUGUUUAUAAAAGCCUCUCGACACUGGAGUGACCUGAGGCUGAGUCACUCAAACAGACAAGCAAAACCAUAAAAGAGCAGGCUGUAAAUACAGUGGCUUAUAAAAAUCUCACACCAUGUAAUCAAGGACAAAGGUCCUCUUAUUUUAUUAUUGCUUAUCAUUUGCUGUCCUUCACAAAAUCCCAUCGUGUUUAUGGUGUUGCCAGGAAGAGACAUAAAUCUGUAUCAAAGUUCAAACAUAAUAACACUGAAUUUCAUUUCAUAAGCACACAGACACCUGAGAUUGAUCUCUCGUGAGUCACUGGCUAAUUAUCCCUUUAUUGAUCUGAGGCUUUUACCAUCCACACUUGGAUGUUGAUUAUUUCUGAAAGUUUGUCAGAGAAUAUUUGACUGUCCGUCCUGAUUUAUUGAGAGUAUUAUGACAACAUAACUAACACCUCAAGCUGUUGACUGUCUGUGAUCACAAAGCCCAGCCCCCCACUCAAGUUACUCAACUUGACAUGCUGUCUCUUAUAUAUUCAGUCCAACUGAAAACAAAGAAAGAAACAAACAGAGGCGUUACACUGGCUGCCAGCAAAAUCCAGGACUGAUUUCAGGAUCCUUUUUUUUUUUUUACUUACAGGACAUUUCACGGCCUGACUCCCACUUACAUAUCUGAAUUUUAAAACCCUUACAUCACAAAGCACCACUUGGGUCGCAAAAUGAAAACCUGCUGGCUAUUUUUCCUGCCAAAAGAAAAGCCACAGGCGAGGGCUCCUUUACAGUCCCAGCACCAGAACUCAAGAAAAAUCUAACCCUGUACUUAGAUCAGCUGAAUCUGCUCACAGUUUCAGUAAACAUUUAAAGUACCCAUCAUUAACACAGUUUUGUUUUUUUAGUGACUCAGGAAGGUUUGACUGUCAUUUCCAACUAAACCUUUUGUUAACCUUAUUUAAAAGGGGCCCUUUAAAAAACUGAUUUGAGUCUCACGCGCCUGGUUUGUCACUGAAAUGCCAAAUUAAAAAAAAAAAAAAACUGAUCAAAAGUUGUCUACAGCAGACCUGCAAUAAUAACUACUGUGAUAAAGCUGACCAAUCUUGUUUUUUUACUGAGAAAACAGGAUUGAGUCAGCUUUAUAGUCAUUUCAGAGGUGUAUUGUUCACUUUCCCCCUCAUUUUUCCUCUCAGGCAUGCAUCAGCAUUGAUCAUGGGAGUGACCAGCAGGUUUUCAACACAGUUCGAGCUGGAGGAGGUAAAGUGUUUUCUUAUGUCAAGAUGAAAAUAAAGAACAUGUCGUGCUGUCAGACGACACCCCUAUCAUCCCAGUUACAGAUUGACAACCAAUGAGUAAGAGAAUACACCCUGAUAUCCUAUCACUGAGUUUUUCCCCUGAGCUCAAGCGUCACAUUUCCUCACUUCUGAAGAGUGAUUCACUGUCUCUACAAGUCAGAGAAAAGCAAUCCAAGUAUUGUGCAAUUCAAACCUCAUAUGCCUACUUGUUCUGACACAUUGUUAAAGAAUGGAGUAAACCGUUGAUGUUUUGGUGCACCACAUUACUGUGGUGAGUUCAAACAAAGGCAGAUUUGUGUUGUGGAUGUUGGAUAAAAAUAAAGUGUUCUCAGAGAGGGUAAUAAAUCAUAGAGUAAUCACGAAUAUAUCCUAGACAAUAACUCUUAUGAGUUUGGUUGUAAGAAAGUUGAUCAAUUUAAGAUCAGUACAUUCAUUAAAUGACCCAGAAAUCUUUAUUUCAAAGUGAAUGUGCCAUAUUUUAUAAUAUUCUUGUUGGAUGACUGAAAGAUCUAAAAAACUUCAACACUUUUUUUUUUUUAAGUACUUUAUUAGGUCCAUAACAUAUAGCAAUACAAUUCAAUUGCCAUUUCAUCAGCGUUCCUUUUUCAUCAUUUAUAUCACUGUUUUACAGACAUUUUGACCCUUCUUUUUUUUCUCUCUUUCCCCCUUUUUUUGUGCACACACAAAUAAACUCAAACAGAAAAGUGAAACAAGAAAUUUCUAUACAAAAAACAGGAAAAUAAAUAAAAUAGAAGAAAAAAAAUAUAUCAGAGUGGAAUCAGAGUUUCUGAGUGGAAUCAGUUUCACGGAUAUUUUCAAACAUAUAAGAUCUCCCUUCUGGCAGGAAUAUGCCUGGAAGAUGAAUAUACGGUACUUCCAAACACCACUGUCUGUAUUAAAGUACAAAUUAAACUCUAAUUGUUGGAGGGAAUGUGGGGAGAAUAAGGCUGACCAUACCCAUAUAUUUUUUACAUGUUCCAAAGUACAAAGCUUUUGGCUGCAGGUCUCACACACCAUAGAACAAAUAUUUGGAAGAGAUUUUCAAUUAGAAAAUCACAAUAUAAUUCUAGGAACAAGUCCCAUACGAUUGAGGAGCCAAGAUCUUUAUCUCUUCUGGAUACUGAGAAUGACUGCACUCAUACAAAUUACAAGAGGUUGGAAAAGUGUGGACCACCCCAGGGUGGAUAGGUGGCUGGAAACAAUGGAAAAUAUGUAUUUAAUGUAAAAGGUGACAUAUACAAUUAAUGGUAAGGAAAUUUGUUUGAGAAAAGAUGGGUCUCUUAUCUUUCAAAUAAGGAUAACCUGUAUGCCUAAAAACAGAAUUUUCAUUGCUGAAACAAACACAAAAAAAGGCGUUUUUUUUUUUUCAUUAACAAUUUGAAAAACUUCAACACUUGAGUCCAAAAAACUGUCAAACUUUUCAUUUUAAUGUAGUACCCGUGCAGUAAUAAUAACACAUUUAAUGCUCAGAAGUAUAUUAGAAACAAUGAGUCUUUGAUAUCUGACAGAUGUGGACAAAGGCAGCUUUGUCAUUAAUUUCCCCAAAUGACAGGGCUUACUGGCAGAUUGAAUCUGCUGUUGCUAAUUGGAACAUUAAACUACAUCAUGAAACUCGAACCAUGAAAGACGUUUUUGUUUGGUGUAGCCCAACAUCAUAAUUUAGCAUAAAAUGCCUCGAUACAGUUGUUGUGCUCUAAAUUUGUAAAAUUGCAGUUCAGGGAAGGGGUUUAUUCUUUGAAACACCAAAUCAUGUGGUUUCUGUCUUCUCCUCACAGGAUUUCUGUCAACAAAAUAACACAAUAUAACUUUCAUACACAAUGAUUUUUGAGGGAACACAUUUUACUCACUUCUUAAGAAUGAAGACCUCCUAAAUUAUCACUUGCAACCACAUGCUAUGAGUUUACAUCUACAUAUAGGACUGUUUUUUCUCGCAUUUUCUUUUAAACAAUCCCUAAUGUCUCUGUAUGCUCUCUCUCUCUCUCUCUCUCUCUCUGUGUGUGUGUGUGUGUGCCUGUGUGUGUAUAUGUGUUCAGCUGGAGCGAUUUUCAAGAGACUACUCGGUGGAUUCUGAAUCUAGAGCUGUGCAGCAGGCCAUGGAGCAAACUCAAGUGAACAUCCAGUGGCUCAGUGAGAACAAAGAUGCUGUACUCGAGUGGUUUGAAAGACAAACAGCUUCAAAGAGUGGAUGAAUGACUAUCUGCUUUUCAAAAACUGGUCUCACUUUAUCAGGAGUGGACGAGGGGCUUACAGACAGAUGAUCAUGAAAUGAUGAAAUUCCCAUUCAACUACAUGAACUGUGAUUUUUCAGCACACUGAUAUAUUGUGUGGUUGUGACAAUGUAUGAAACCAUGUGGAAAAGGGUGAAUACCCGGUUUUAAAUUUCCCUCUGGGAUUAAUAAAGUAUCUAUCUAUCUAUCUAUCUAUCUAUCUAUCUAUCUAUCUAUCUAUCUAUCUAUCUAUCUAUCUAUCUAUCUAGUGUUUUUGUAAAUACUAAUGUGCAUUAUUUAUACUUUAUUAUCAGUUCUAACCAUCUGAGCAACAACAAUUUGUGUGUACAAAUUUUGCACAUGAUAUUGUUCAAUGUGUAUUUGUUUUUGUUUGACAACUUCCAUGUUUGCACACAACUCAUAUGAACCACCAUACACAUUUUUCGGUCACCACGAUCAGAAUCAAUAAUGCAUGAUGGUAUUUGUUGCACAUCACCUCCAAAAAGGACAUAUUAUUAUGAUAGACCAGGUGUGCCUGUGUAAAAACUAGGUUUUUGAUUUGAUCUUUUUGCGUUGUAUUUUAUUUUCCCUCUGCAUUUGUAAAGGAGGAGAUAUUUUACAGAGUAACAGCAACAGCUGAAUUUAUCAGCAUGUGAUGCUGUCAAUCUGUAGAUCAACUUCUCAGCAUUUGCUCAGUCAGAGCCGAAGGACAGAAC